GAGUGAGCACUGUGAAAGAGGGGUGUGUGUGUGCGUAUGUGUGUUUGUGUGUGUGUGUGAGAGAGAGAGAAAGAGAAAGAUUGAAAGAGAGAGCGAGAGCAAUUGAGGUUGUUAAGAGAGAGAGGAGGGAAAGUGAGAGAGCAGAGCGACAGAAGGAGGGAAGAGGAAAGUGGAGAGAUGGAAACGGAGAGAGCUAGAAGCUGAGAGAGCAAGAGAGAAAGAGAGAGAGAGAGAGGAAGAGAGAGAGAGGGGGAAUAAAGAAGUACUGCUGAAUCUCUUCACCCAUCUGGGCUCCAUCUGUGUUUCUCCGGCUGCGAGAGGACCUCUGCUCACAUAUGUGGGGGGCUUACGCACACAUGCCCCACAUAUGAAGGAGAGGAACGAGGGCACGGAGAAAAAGGAGCUGUAGGACGACGAGAACACAAGGAACCCACUGUUUUUUGGUUUUUUUUUUAGUUGUGUUUUGCCUUUUCUUUUCUUUUUUGUUUUGUUCUGAGGCCAGGAAGAAAGAGAUAACUGGACCAUCCUGUAGAGGAGGUGAGGUGAGACAGUGGAGAGAAGAAGGUUCCUGCCAUGCCCGGUUCUCCAGUGGAUGUAAAGACUCAUUCCAGACCGGCCGUGUCCGCCAUGCCCCCUCUACCCUCAGUCAACCCCAGCGGGCCCCGGCCUGCUGCCUUCUCUUCCACAGCUUUGACCAAUGGGAUGAAUCAUUCCCCACCCACCCUCAACGCUGUCCCUUCACCACCCCAGCGCUACAGCAAUGGACCAUCCUCGUCUUCUUCGUCCUCGUUGGCCAAUCAGCAGCUUCCAGCCACAUGUGGUGCCAGGCAACUUAGCAAGUUGAAGCGGUUCCUCACUACGUUGCAACAGUUCGGCAAUGACAUCUCACCUGAGAUCGGAGAGAGUGUGCGGAGCUUGGUCCUGGCACUAGUGAAUUCCACAGUCACUAUUGAGGAAUUUCAUUCCAGACUACAGGAGGCCACCAAUUUCCCUUUGAGGCCGUUUGUCAUUCCAUUCCUAAAGGCAAACCUGCCACUGCUGCAGAGAGAACUUCUGCACUGUGCCCGAGCAGCAAAGCAGACCCCAGCCCAGUAUCUAUCCCAACAUGAGCACCUGCUUCUCAGUACGGCCGCCCCAUCACCUGCAGACUCCACCGAACUUCUGCUGGAGCCCAGCGACAACAGCAAGAGACACAGCCCAAACAGGGGCAAAGAAAACGGCUUCCACGAGCGACCUCCCGCCCCUCUCGAACCUCCAGCCAAACGGAUCUGCACCAUCAGCCCCGCCCCCAGACACAGCCCCGCCCAUCCCCUGCCACUUCCCGCCCAGAUUCACCCGACCCCGCCCCCGCUCCAGCACUACGCCCUGGAUGACAUCACAACUCCUCACCUGUACAGAGAGCCGCAUCGCAUCCUGGAGCUGAGAGAGCUGAAGGACCGACCACGGUUGCCAGGCAGUAAUGGUGGCUACCACGAGGAGCCAGUGGACCACAGGCUGACGGAGAGAGAGUGGGCUGAUGAAUGGAGACACCUGGACCAUGUGCUGAACUGCAUUGUGGACAUGGUGGAGAAGACGAGGCGCUCGGUGAGCGUCCUGCGCCGCUGUCAGGAAUCGGACCGAGAGGAGCUGAAUUACUGGAGACGGCGCUCUAGCCAGCAGGACGGAGCACGCAAAUGCACGACAGCUCCAACCAGCGCGCCUUUCUCCAAAACACACAGCCCUCUGUCUGCUGAGGGAGUCAGCUCCGCAGAUCCUCAGCGGGAGCUCUCUCUGCGUGCUGCUCCUGGCUAUGUGCCUGAUGAGAUCUGGAGAAAAGCUGAGGAAGCGGUGAACGAGGUGAAGCGGCAGGCGAUGGACGAGGUGCAGAAGGCUGUGGCUGAGGCAGAGCAGAAGGCUUUUGAGAUGAUUGCAGCAGAGAGAGCCAAGAUGGAGAAAACCCUCGCCGAGGCCAAGAGGAAAGCCACAGAGGACGCCAUCCAGGUCAUCAACGAACAGGAGGACUCCAGCGAGUGCUGCUGGAACUGUGGUAGGAAAGCGAGCGAGACGUGCAGCGGCUGCAACGCAGCUCGCUACUGCGGCUCCUUCUGCCAACACAAAGACUGGGAGCGCCAUCACCUCAUCUGCAGCCCCGGCCUGCAGGCCCAGCCCAAACCCUCCCAGUCCGGCCUGAACGCCCGCAGCCUGCCCAAAGCUCCAGAGAGCCCCAGCCUGGAGAAAACGUCCAGCACCUCUAGAGCCUCCACUCCGCCGACGCCUGCGUCCGCCUCCGCCUCCACCCCGGACACCAACACACACUAGAGAGCUGAGAGAGACGCCUGUAUCGGACUUUAUCGAGAUAUAUAUAUAAAUAUAUAUAUACGAAAACAACUGAGGACACCAACACAACACCACACCCACUGAACAGGAAGCAGCAGCUUGAGAGUUUGAUGAUUUGACGAUUUGACGAUUCAUCGGUUUACGGAGAAGUGUAACUUUUUACAGUUUACAGAGAACUACACACACAUGCAGGAGCUUUGUUGAAUAGAGGGAAAGAAAGAACUAAGAAAACAGUUGAGAAGAGCUGAGAUGAAUGAAAUAUGGCUUUGUCUCCUUGAGUAUGAACUACAGCAGCACUUUCUCACCUUCUCCAGUCUAAAAACACUCUGUAAAGCUUUGGACGAGACUCUAAUGUCCAAUGAGCUAAUGAGUGUCGACUGCCGAGUGACGGACUGACUGACUGUCGUUCUUUCCUGCCUGCCGUUCAUUAAGGAUCCGCCUUCUCCUCCCGUACAGAUGUGUUCUUGUCGGUCGUUUCCGUGAGCGUGAAUAUAUGCAUAUGUUCCCACUGCAUGUGUUAAGGAUCUAUUCAAGUGUCUGUACAUCGUCAGAGCAAUAUAGAGAGGAGAUGCCAGGUGUCAGCAAAAAGUCAGCAGAAAGACUGCGUUUGUAUAUUUUGAGUCAUUAUCCAAGAGAUGCAACAAAAAAAAUAAAUAGAAAAAUGAAAAUGGGAGUACAAAUGAAAAACAGGACAACGGUACGACAUCAACAACUGACUGCAUGGACUAUGGACUCGCUGUCUCUCAUCGUUGAGCAUGGAUACCAAACUGGCACUAGAAGGACAACUGUAUAUCCAAGUGUUCAGCUGUAUUUUUUGUUUAUUUUUUUAAGCAGUGUAUGGAUGCUGUGGGGAAGACAGUCUGAUGGUAUGAUAUAUAGAGAAAAAACAUGUUACGCUCCCCGAGGCUUAAAAAAGAAGGUAAACAGUAAAAUGAACUAAUUAAUUUCCACAAUAUUUUUGGAUUUUUUUUUUCUGAUGGGAGUUAUGAAAAUGCAGAUACUAAAAUAUUUUUUUAUUUGAUAAAUGUGUUGCCAUAUGUUGUAGCUGCAACCUGAAACUAAAGAAGCGAGUAUUUCUUUUGAUUGAUUGAUUGAUUAUGUUCAAAGUACGUAAGUGAAACAUUUUUUGGAUUAAUAUUUUCUUUAAACUCCCAUUCAGGUUAAUUAUUGGACCUAAGUUGUCCAUUUAAAUUCAGCAGUAGGCUUCAGAUUUGGACCAAACGGGAAGUAGAAGUGUAAAAUGCUAAAAUGCAAAAUACAAAAAUAACAGGCAGCUAAAUUUUCAGAAAUAUGUUAGGCCUUUUCAUCUUGGUUUACACUGAAUUGAAUUGAAAAUCUUGAAAAUCUCCAAAAUAGCAAAAAAGAGAGAAACCUUAACUUUUAGUGAAAUUAAUCAUAAAACUAAACACAGACAAUUGUUAAGCCUAUGAAAAGCAGAAUUAUUACUAAAGAGUGCUGGCAAAAAUUCUCGUUAACAUCGCCAAAAUCAUCCAUUCUGAAAAGAGUCUGCACCACAAUUCACGUUUUAAAAGUACUUUUUAGCAUGCUAGGUGCAGCUACACAUUCUUUCAAAAAACCUUUCAGACUGUCACUUAUAUUAAACUUCAAUGUAAAAAUGGACUUGUAGUCAAUUUGUGUGGUAAAACAUAAUAAAGAGUACUUUGUUGAAUAGCCCACAGCUUUCCGAGACCCAGUAAUUUUUUACACUUUGUUCAAACAUGCUUUAGAAUGGAUGAUAUGGGGCAUAUUUAGCCCCUGCAGAUAAAGAGGCCAAACUCUAUAACCUCUGUCCUAAUAUCCUUGAUUUCCGAAGAAAUAUUUACUGAUAUAAAUAAUUUCAUUAUUUCUAAAUGCAUUUUAACAUUACUGAGACAAACUUUGGUCCAAAUCUGUGCCACAGAGCUAAAAAAAACUCCUUUGUUAAUCUCUGAGUACAGAAUAAAUUAAACUUCAGAGUCAUAUGUCACAUGGAACACUCUUAAUAGUGAUAUUUUUUUGUUGGACUGUGUCAGAAUCUCUUGAUAUGAUUUAAAACAGAUCAUCACUGCUGCAGAAUGCCAUAAUGUAGUAUUAUAACCUCUUCAACAUGCAGAACUUUGGGUAAAAUGAGCCUUCUUCAGUGCCAGGUUUGGGUCCAGCUCUGUGAAAUUCUGUUGUUAUUUUUUCUGGUAUUUGCCUGUAGGUGUUGCAACUCAAACUAUCUAAAUCUCAGGAGCAUAUUGUAUGUAUAUAUGUUUAUUUCCUUGUCACAUUUAGAGAGGGUAAAGUUUAAACUUUUGUUUUUUUCUCACCUUUAUAUCUCUCAUCAACUACCUUCUAUUCACGUGAUAUGUAACAGAAUGAAUUCCAUUAUUUUUUCAUUAUGAAAUGACCUAUCUGUAAAAAAAACAAAUAUGAUUAUGAGGAAAAGAAAUCUGUAUUUUGUGAGCCACGUUUCAUUUUGUUUUCUCACGAGACACAAAGAUAAUCUUGGUAUGUAGGCAACAUGAAAUAAAGAAAUAAACAGAA